AUGCGAGCCAUCUCGCUGCUGUCACAGCAGCUGGACUACUUCGUUUCAACCACUUCUGGUUUCCCGCUAGCAGCCUUUCCAUCACCGGCUUCCUCGGAACUACCAGAGUUCCACGGAUUUCAGAAUGACCCCAUUCUGUGGGUGCAAGCAGCCAACGUGCUCGGCGCACGCCAUGCCUGGCCCGACAACACGACAUGGCUGGUUGCAGUAGGCACUGCUCAGCGACCGGAGCUCGUGAGGUACCCCGCUUUGACGCACCAGUCGUGCCCAGUAACGCUUUGCCAUGGAGGCCCGCCGGCUGCCCCGCCGCAGAAGCCGGCUCCCCGAGUGUCGUCAUCGGCCCCAUCGCAGACGGCUUUGAUGCUGAACCCUUUGCGUGAAGAAGUGUGCUGGAGUGACGCAAACAGGGGUGCUGUUAUGUGCAUCAGCUAUGGCACUCCAGCCAAUUUUUCUGAAGUAUUCCUUGCCGGUGGGGGCAGCCAAGGCCACUUGGUAUUUACUGCCGAUGGGGAGAAGUUGUUGUACAGCCCUGGAAAUGGCAGCUUGUACUCAGUCACCUAUGGCUCUCAUAAUACACCAUAUCUAGUUUGGAACAGCACACAGCCAUUGAGCUACUUGAAGCUUACUAGUGCUGGUGACUUUCUUGAACAUUCUGCCUCAAGACAUCCAUGCCAUCAGUUGUCAGUGCCUUGCCAUGGAAUCUGCCUCCCUGAAGAAAAUGGCCACAGAUGCUUGCCUAUUGGAGGCUCGGACACUCUUUUGGUGUUUCUCCAGAAUCAUAGGACCGUAGUUUACCCUGUUGGGUCAGAUGCUACAGUGCCACCCCUUCUCUUGCAAGCAGAAUUCAGUGAGAUGCCCCUGGAUUCAAUUCAUGUUCUCUCCACUGAAGAAGCAGUAGUAUUUUCGAGCCGUGAACGACUGUAUUGGGCCCGCAUUGAUGGUUAUAAUGUUACUCCUGUGGCAACGUUGAACAACACCAGAGUCACUGCACUGGCUGCUGAUGCAUCAUCAGGUCUUUUGUACAGAGCUGUGUUUAGCAGUCAUGGUGCCCGGAUAGAGUCUUUCUUCCUGAAUGGAACUGGUGUUAGUGUUCUGGUAGACACUGACCUUCACAGGGUCAAUGCUUUAGCAAUACAUCCUUCUAGAAGACUUCUGUUUUGGAGUGAUGCUGGUGAAUGGCCACGUAUUGAACGUUUUGAUUUAGAGACAAAGGAGAGACAGACCAUUGUACACGAAGAGUUGUUUCAAGUGUCUGAUCUGACGCUAGACUUGGAGCAUGACCUAGUGUACUGGUGCGACCUGGGCACAGCUCGCAUUGAGCGAGCACGCCUGGAUGGCACUCGUCGCACCAGCAUAGUACUCAACAAGGGCCCGAAUCGCCACUAUUCCCCAGUUUCUGUGGCAGUCUUCCAGUCUGUGCUUUUCUGGAUUGAUAGCACCUACUCAGGUGGCUCUUUGGUAAUGUUGGUCAAAAACAGGCAUCCUCAGAUCUCAACAUGGAGUCGGUUUCUUGGUCCAAACAUGUCUCAUCUGCAACUUUACAAUAGGCACAUACUCCCAUAUCUCAACAAGUCAAGUGAUAUGUACAGUUCUAACCUGAACCCUAUAAUGUCGUGCCGUGGUUUCUGCUUCAAUGGUGGGACCUGUUUAGCCAUUGAUGACGGCCCUGGUGGACCUACUUGCCAGUGCACUGCCAAUUUUACUGGGCCACGGUGCCAGUUCUAUGCAGCAUACAUCUACAAUCCACCCUUCUCUGAUGAGGAACCAGCUGAUGUAAAGAUAAUAGUGAUUCCAGUGGCUGUGCUGCUUUCUGCAUUCCUGCUGAUGCUGGUGGUUGCUUGGGUGAAAAGGAGGCGUGCUUGGCAGUCCACUGCAGUCUCCCUCUCUUCUGAAGAGGCCAAUCCAGCCUUAGCGGCACGCAUGAUUGAUAGCCAGUAUGAAACUUCUUUCUCUGAUAAUGUGUUGUUGAUGGGGACUAACCUGGCUUUUGAAGACACCGAGCCAAGUCCUGGAAAUGGCAGCGUGCUCAUUCGCCUUGAAUCAUUGCCCAGAAAGCCCUUGACAACAAUUUUAAAGGGCACAUGGCUACACCCAAUGUGAUCGUCAUCCUCAUUGCCAUGGUGUUGUAGCAUCAAAGUUUCUGGGCUGCAGCUUUUGGACUGCCAUUGCCAUUCUACAAGCUAAAAUGGCUGUUGCUUAUUUCGGUGAAUCAUUGUCUUGUUGCUUUGUUCAUUCACCAUUUGUUGCUGUUCCUUUUACAACAAUGACAGUCGCGUACAAACAAGGUACAUGAAAGCAACAACACUGUCAAGUUUUUAUUUUUUAAGCUUAAUGUGAGCGAGCAGUUCUCACAUUGGACAAGCAGUUGUCAUUAUCAAUGGUGCCACUUUAUCUUGCUGUGGCAAGAUGAGGGGGAAAAGUCAUCAAGCCAAUCCGGGGCUGCAGCGUGAUUUUUCUGUAUUAACACAUCCAUCAUUAAAGUUAGCUGCUGUUGCUAGAAAAUAAUUGCAAGAAGCAUAAAUUUUCCAAGGCACAGCAUUUCAGAGUGAAAACAGGCAAGAAAGUUUUGGCGCAAAGCUAACUUGCCAGUGGUGAAGGAGAAAGGCGAUGUCCACAUUCAUGUGGGAUAACCUGUAAAGUAAGGCAAGCCGACGUAUGAACUCUUUAGUCACUUUUUGUAGUCUCUUAAUAUUGUAUUUGAUUUGAACCAGGGACUGUGCACAUACCAGGGUUCUAUUUGCCUUAAGGUACUGGUAGCAAUUAUAUGUUGGGCUGAUGCAAUAUGAACAUCAGAUUUGUGAGGUGAUGCCAUGUCUGGCCCUGCUAUACUUCCUGGAAGCUGUCUACUUUGGAAGGAAGUAGAAACUUGCCUAACAAUGAAAUAUAAAAUGAAAGUUACUUAUGAUUCACAAGUUAUUGAAAGUGACACAAUUUAGUCAUUUAUGUGGGUAAUUCGUCGUCUGUAUACUGUUUUCAAACCUGUUGUAUUUAGAUGAUGCAUCUUUAGAACAUAGCAUAUUAUUUCAUCUGAGGGAAUGAAGUGAAAUGCCUAUGAGCAUGUGUGCCCAUCCAUAAUGUGUGUGCAUGCACCUCAGUUUGUACAGCUGUCCGGUUUUCAGAAUGCAGAGGAUGCACUCAAUUGCUAUCUCAGCUCAUAAGAUUGCACAUAAGAUUGUGCAUAGGGUGCAAGUAUAUUCAGCUUUACGGUGGCUUCUGCAUUCUGAAAACUUGUGGGUGGCUGUACAUGGAGCAGCCAGUUACUGUCAACACACUUUACAUUUAAGUACUUAAACUUACCUAUUGGACAUUUUAACCAUUAUUUUCUAUAAUUUUUGCAUCUAUUAUGAAAAAAGCCAGCUACAGGAGGGCUAUGUUUAGAAUUUUGGGCGUGCUGAACUUCCUAUGUCAUGUUGAAAUUAAUCUGGGUACUCUAUUUCAGUUCAUUUUGUAAAAGCUGUCCAAAAUUAUUCGUAUCAACUAUCUUUAAGCUAAAAUGUGAAAAUAAACGGUACAAUUGUAGUGUUAGCAUACACACAAGAUUGCUUGCAUAAAGAAAUGGCGAGCAGUGCUAAAUGACAAGUUGUGUUCAGUACCGUUGUGUACGAUUGCAAUUCCAGUGCAUGAACUGAGACACCUUUCGUUCAGGAAAAUUGAUCAAAAUUUUAUUCGCAGCUUUUUAGAGGUGUCUGUGGCAAGUCAUGAAAUGCAAGCAGUAAUUAUGGCUCCUCACCCAUUUUAUUGCUGAUCAUGUGAUGUGCUUUAUUUAGCGGUUCAAAACAUAGCUGUAGCUGCAUAUAGAGGUAGCUGAAGACUUGUGUUCUGUUUUUUGGAAACAGCAUGGGCCUUUUAUGAUGUCCUAAUAGUGAAAAAAAGAAAUGAGUGCUAAGGCUGCUGUUAAAUUUGUCAUGACUGGAAAAGAUGCAGUAUUGCUUUUGAAGUGCUGCAGAAGAGUGAAUUGUGGAGUCUCAAACAAGUGUGAGAAAUGAGGGCAUUAAUUCUGCCAUGAAGCAUCUCUAUUCUCUACUACCUGAUAUUUAUUAUUUACCAGCUUAUGCCAGUCAGCAUUUUUGGUCAUUUUUGGGCAAAUCAAGCCCUGACAAAUGCGAGCACUCAUUCUAAGAAAGAAUAGUGGAUUUUGUGCUUUUGUCAGGCCUUGACAACUUGCAUUUUUGAGCUUUCAUUUUUGUAGAUCUGUUGUAUACAAGAUGGUGUUCGUCUAGUACCUUGUUUUAUUCCCACAUCCGUGACCCUACCUUUUCAGUUCCAAAUGUUACAGAGGUAUGUCUAAGCAGAGUUUGAUAUCUUUGUUGUAGCUGCUGUACUGUAAUUUCAAAUUAUUUCCACAGAAAUAUACACUCUGCAGAAAA